CCAAAACGUUGCUAGCCUCCCCAAUUAAACAAGAAGAAGAAGAAGAGGAUGAAAAGGAGGAAUAUUUUCAUCUGGAAUAUACCCCGAUGAUGAAAUGAGAUGACAGAGGAGGAAAGGGCUGGGCUCUCAUAGAGAUGGAGGGGCCCGCAGGGGACAGUCUGUGUGGGAAAUGGAGGAAUGGCUGUGGAUUGUACAGAGACAAGCUGAAGGACAUCUUCUCAUGGCAGCUGCUGAAGACCAUCGCCAUGGGCCAGGUUCUGUCCCUGCUGAUUUGUGGGACCGCGGGGAGCUGUCAGUACCUGGCUGAUGCUGGGGUGGAGACGCCCAUGCUGCAGAGCUUCCUCAACUAUGCCCUGCUGCUGCUCACCUACACCCUGGCCCUCUGCACCCAUAAAGGUGACGCCAGCUUCCUGAAGGUCUUAAGAACCAAGUGGUGGAAGUAUUUGGUGAUGGGUCUGGCGGACGUUGAGGCAAACUACACAGUUGUGAAGGCCUACCAGUUCACCACCCUGACCAGCAUACAGCUGCUGGACUGCUUUGUGAUCCCAGUGCUGAUGGUCCUUUCAUGGAUCUUCCUGAAGACGCGCUACAGGCCGGUGCACUUUGUCGCGGUGAUGGUGUGUUUGGUGGGGGUUGGGGCCAUGGUGGGAGCCGACAUUAUAUCCGGGAGAGACCAGGGAUCCAGUAAGGAUGCUUCUCCUCAGGCCAGUGAUGUGGUGCUGGGUGACGGUUUGGUCCUGCUCAGCUCGGUUCUGUAUGCUGUAUCAAACCUGUGCCAGGAACACACGGUGAAGAACCUGAGCCGCGUUGAGUUCCUGGGAAUGAUGGGGCUUUUCGGGACUCUGAUCAGCGGCGUCCAGCUAGCUGCACUGGAAAUCAAUGCUGUUAAAGCAAUAAAAUGGGAUCUUUACAUCUGUAUGCUGUUUGCGGUCUACGCCCUGUGUAUGUACGCGCUCUACAGCUUCAUGCCUGUGGUGGUGAAGCUGACCAGCGCCACCACGGUCAACCUCUCUCUGCUUACCGCAGACCUCUUCAGCCUCUUCUGUGGCCUCCUCCUCUUCAACUACAAGUUUUCUGUCCUGUACAUCAUCUCGUUUGUCGUCAUCAUGAUGGGUUUUAUCAUGUUCAACGCCCUCCCGACCUACUCCGCUUUACACGGCGCUGCCGCCCAGGAGGCGGCCGACCCCAGGCCUGACCACGCCUCAGACUGCCUGCUGGCUGUAGACGGAGACGCUCGGAGAACUGAAACAGGUUCACCUUUCUGUGACUGAACAAAGACUCAUGCUGUGAUCCAAGGUCAGUUAUCACGGUCUCAUCGUUACAGUAAGAAAAGUGUUCUGGUUUCUGUUCCUGGUACUGGUACAUAAGAUAUAAGCAGAUAUUUUCUGUUCAUAUUUUAAUGCAACGACGGCAGCUGUUUAUUUAGGCCCCCCCGCCACCAAUCCUUUGUUUACCAAGUCAAGCCCUCAUUAUAGUCCAGUUUGUCUCUUCCUGCCUCCAGUUUGUAAACCAGCUGUUUCAGAUCCAAUGAACUGAAACUAUUGCGGAUCGUUUUUUGUUGUUUUUUUUGCUUUGUAGUUGAACAAUGAAUCGUGGAGAUAAACUGUUAUAAAAUACUCAAAUCUUGUGUGUUUAUGUUGGUUCUAAGCUACAUACAGACCAGUUAAUUUGGAUGGAAAACGACAGAUUCUGAGCAAUGACCAAAGCAAAAUAAUGGCACCUUCCUGCUGGUCGAUUUUAUUUAUUGGAAUCACUUUUAUAAUUUUUCUUCUUGUUUUUUUGUAGAGUGACCUGAACAGUGCUGUUAGGUAAAAUAUUAUUUAGUUAGAAUCAUUGUUAUUACAUAACCACAUUUCUGUGCAGUAGACUGUGUAGAUAAAGGAAAGUCACUUUAAAUCGUGUCUUCAGGUAAAAACAGAUGCCUGGUCGGUGUGAAAAGUCCUGCGGCAGAUGCUACUUUCCUCACCCAGGAAUACAUAAAGACCAAAACCACAAGGUGGUGAGGAGGGGAAUGUGAGCCCUUCAUGUGAUAGGAUCAGUUGCCAAAUAUUGACGCAUUAUUUUAGGGAUGAACCAAAAUGAACAUUUGGACCUAUAUUGAUAUCCGCUAUUAAUAUUUCUGUUAUGGUAACCGAUAUUUAUUUCCCUAACCUUUUAAUACGUUGAAAAAGUGCUUCUCUGCUUUAGUUAAAUGCCCACAAUCCUGUCCAUAGAGAAGAAUCGUUACACUGAGCAACACUUUACAUGAUUAGAAACAGAUUAAUAUGUUGCUUUUUACAGCUUUUUGUUUUACUCCAGAAUGAAGUAACAUUAAAACCUUGUGAAUAAGAACUAAAAUCAACGUUUUCUACGUAAGUGUCCUUUGGUUCCAUCUUUGCAUUCAUUUGUUGCCUAGGUUGAAGCUUUACCACCUGUGGCGAUUAUUAAAUAAAGUAAAUAUCUGGGACUGGAUGUAAAAAUGUCCAUUGAAGAUGAUUUCUGGUGGCAUGGAAAGUUCUGCAGCUAUCAUCUAAAUACAAAGUUCAGUUUGAACACAAACUACUCUAAAUGAUUUGUCGUUUUUGUUCUAUUGUCAUGAGUUUUUUUAAUGAACCAAAGAUGCUGUAAAUGACUUUGUACCGUCAGAGAAUCAUGUUACCAUGCAGCCAGAGUUUACGAUUUCUUUAUUAAUAAAUUGUUUUUUAUGA